GGGCGUAGUAAGAACACCACAGGCUACGCGCGAUACCUCAGUUCAGCCUCCAGCCCAUCCGCUUCAUGCAAGAGAGGUAGGCUAGAGACCGCCAUGCCCAUGGUCCUUCUUUUUUGCUCUUUCUUCAAACAUCUAGCCUUUCCGAAACAUACUCCCGCUUCGCGUCUACCGCUGGGGGAUAGCAUCUUGCAGCCUUCACCUCGGCUCAUAUCAGAUUUCGUGACACCUGGCGGAUGCUCAGCAUUGUGCCCGUGCGAGGCGCUCGAUCAUUUCUGCCCCGGGGCAUGUCAAAUGGACACGAGGCAUCCAAUAUAGUGCUCAUGCACACUGAUUGGAUUGCAAAAGGCCAGGUGUGGAUCACAUGCCACACGGUGGGCUUCGCGGAUUGUGUCGC